AUGGGAUUAUGGCUUAAAAAAGAAUUAUUCAAAGAGUUAACAGGAACACAAGAGAAAACAAAAGAAAGAUCAUUUCAAGCACCAUUUACUAUAAAAGCACAUACAUUACUUCAUACUUAUCUCCAUCGACUUGAUACAUUAAUUUUAUUUUAUUUCUACUACAACGAUAUUGUGGUACAAUUUAGUGCUAUGGGACAUACUGCACGAUUCUUUGAUGAUGAUGAUGAAGGCGAACAUAUAAUAAUAAUAGCAGGAGUUUUUAUUAUAUUAACUGUGCAUGAACAUCGUAAAAAUAUAUCAACUAUAUUUAAUAAAGAUAUGAAUGAAGAAUAA